AACAAACUGACUAGGAAUAGCACGGUCGAGUGGCUAGAUAGGUAUCCUUUGGACAUUUUUAAAGACCCAAGACCGUCUUGAAACAACAAAACAACCCCUUUAUACGAGCCACCAGGUAUUGGAUAGUGUAUGAACGCUAAAGUUCAAACGGUAGCGUUGCAAUGGUCCGCAAAUUAAAGUAUCACGAACGAAAAUUGCUAAAGAAGGUCGACUUUAUUAACUGGGAAUGUGACAAUAACUUACAUGAAGUUAAAAUUAUGCGACUUUUUCACGUCCAGAAACGCGAAGACUACACACUUUACAAUAAACUCUCUCGAAAAAUCAGAGAAAUUGCGGAAAAACUUAAGAAUAUCAAUGAAAACGAUCCUUGGAGGGCAGAAAUGACUGAACUACUGACAGCAAAGUUACACAACUUAGGUUUGAUACCAACAAGAAGGAGUCUUAUGUUAGCGUCGAAAGUCAAUGCCUCUUCAUUUUGUCGAAGACGGCUUUCAGUUAUUGUAAUGCGUUCAAAAAUGGCAGAAACAAUGAAAGCAGCUGUGACAUUUGUUGAGCAAGGACAUGUUCGUGUGGGCCCAGAUAUCAUACGAGAUCCAGCAUAUCUAGUUACAAGUUCAAUAGUAAACUGUUGUUUUUGAGAUGCAGAAAACUGUCUCAGAGAUUCUUUGUACCUGUCUUGUAUUAUUUCGAAGGAUUCACAGAGAUUAUCUGCAAACAGGCUGCAGCUUGCGACAAGAUAUAUGAAAAUUUUCCUGGCUAUGAACUUCGGUUAAGCGAAUACAUAUGAAUAUAUUUUUUCAAUAUAUCUAACAUUAACUGUAUGAUUGAAGAUUCAGUCAGUUGUAAGCAACACAGAAACUGGCACAUAUCUGUUCAAGUUGCCACACAUAUGCAUAAUAAGAUGAGUACUAAAGUAGUAAAUGUAGCAGUAGUGACGGUGA